UAGAAAACGACACAUAUGAGUGUAAAAUUUCAGUCGCUGCUGUAUCUUACUCCGGUCUUACUACCGUAUAGCAUUGCUACUACUUACGAAUAGGACUUCGAAGGGAGACAUCCAAUGAACAUGAUAUGGAUAUGUCGUAUAACGCCAAAAGCCUCGUUUCUGGUAUUACGUUAGCCUCGUCGGCCUCGUCAGAUGUCUCGGAACUCGCGAGCUGUCAGCAAUGGCCACUACCAUUAACUUAUCCGAAUGCCUGCAUGUCAUCGGGGGCGCUAGGCAGCAAGGUUACACAUUCUGCCUUUCAAUUUAUAAGGUGCCAUAAAACUUUAGGUAUCCCUCGGCAUAUUUCUAUCUAUCGAGCAUAGCUGCUUAUAGUAACCCGACACAUCUCGCCAUUUCACAGCAAGAAAGGGGUCCCGCCUAAGUAUUGUAUGUAUACGAAACCAUGAAUGGAGCGAAUAUGUUCAACCUUGACCAGUCUCAAAUACCCAGCUUGGCGCCUCCACCGGGGGUGACGCCCAACUUUAUCGAUCCACCGACGAUAGCUCCGACUUCUAGAAUACUCACAGGCUUGACGCUAGCAAUUAUGUAUUGCCUUUUAACUUUGCGAAUUUAUACUCGAGCGUGGGUAACGUGCAACAUGGGGAUAGAAGACUGCCUCUGUCUCGUCUCAGCGAUAGGUACUACUUGUUAUUGUUCUCUUAUACUUAAAGCCUUUGAUAAUACGAUGGGCCGCCAUCAAUGGGACAUACCGAUGUCUGAAUUUCAUCAGAAAGUUGUUCUGAAAUAUAGCUUUGCACCAAGCUACGUCUAUUCGACUGCCGCGGUCUUCAUCAAAGCGACACUUCUGGCAUUUUAUCUUCGCAUUUUUAACCCCGUGAAGGGGGCUAGGAUCCUCAUUUGGAUAACACUGGCUGUAGUGAUACUCUUCUAUUUGAUCGUCGUCAUAACAAUCCAGGUCACCUGUAAAGGAUACACUCCAACAGCGCAGAUAUUCAACACCGAUGCCGAGGUUGAUUGUUCAGUACCGCAGGAACCUCUUUGGGUUACCACGAGUGUAUUCAGCACUGUUACGGAUUUACAUUUACUUGCGAUACCCGUGGCUUUGACUCUUAAAAUCCGACUCCCACCCAAACAGAAGAUUGGUGUGUGCUGUAUUUUCCUCACGGGAUUGAUAGCUUGUAUCUUUUCUCUCCUUUGCGCAGUGUAUCGCGUGAAGGCGAUACGAUCUCAUGAUGUUACCUGGCUUGGUCACCUGGUAUCUGCGUUCGCAGCGGUCGAGCUCAACGUAGGGAUUUCCUGUAGCUGUAUGCCGAUAGUCUUCGUCCCAUUCCGCAGAUUGACUCGAACCGUCUUACGGGAUUCCUUACCCAAAUUCAUUUCGACUUAUCGAAAGCACAACCAUAGGGAACUACGACAUGAACCUAGCGAUCCCGAGAUUAUGAUACAACUAGAGCAGCUACCCCAGGUACCUAAAAGUUCAUGGACGGGGUUAAGAUCUUGGGUGCGCAAGGUACACAUUUCUCAGUCCGGACGAGUAAACGAUGUCUCUACUUAUAGGGAAAUCGCCUCAGUCGAUAUAGAUUAUCAUAAGCAUCUGAGGAAAGAGUCUCGCGACGCCCGGCCACCUCAAUACAUCCCGGCCGAGAUACUUCAAACACCCCAGAGAGCCUUGACAAGUAGGGCAUAAAUAUCUAGGCUGUCUUCCACAUAAAUUUAUGUUUUCACGCUCCCAAUACCCCCUUUUCUCCUACCCUCACCAGAUCUGGAAAACCUCAGGAUCCUAUUGAAAAAAAAAAGAGAGAAAAAAAAUAAGACUGCUGAUUAUUCAUCUACAUGAUGACAACUGGGUAACGGCUUCAGCACUUCCCGCGCCAUCGGGAUAAACCAGCUUACGAGAUACUGGCUGGAUCUACGAUAAAGCUUAGAGUAGACAAGAUCAGCGCAUGGUGUAGUUACAC